UUUGCACCAAACCAUUUGAAUUUAGAAAAUAAUUCAAAAGUGAUUAAUAUCAUAUCUAAAUCAAGUGGAGCUCAGGCUGAUAUUUGUGCUGAAGAUGGACAAGUUAUUGAUUGUGGUUUGAUUAAACUAAAUGUAUCUCUCACUCCAGGUCAUACCAAUGGUUGUAUGAGUUUAAUUGAUCACGAUAAUAAACGAGCCUUCACCGGAGAUACUUUGUUCAUUAGAGGUUGUGGUCGAACCGAUUUUCAAGAAGGAUCAUCAUCCAAGCUUUAUGAUUCAGUUCACUCCAGGCUUUUUAUAUUACCUGAUGAUUAUAAUGUUUACCCUGCUCACAAUUAUAAUGGUCAAUUAACAUCAACAAUUGGAGAGGAAAAAAAGUUUAAUCCAAGAUUGAGUAAAUCAUGGGAAGAAUUUAUUCAAAUUAUGGAAAAUCUUAAUCUUGAUUAUCCAAAAAUGAUGGGUAAGCUAAUUGAAGAUUAUUUUCUUACAAUAUAAUUAACUUGAUUUGAUUCUUUGAUGAUU